AUGAUGAAAAAACCUCCCGGUGUUUUAUUCCAUGGGUGUCCAACGUCUACUGAAAUGCGUAACAAAUGGUUACGGGCCCUAAGGCACAAGUGUCUUAUACUAGACUGGAAUAAAAGUAAAAUCUGUUCAAAACACUUUGAUAAUGAGUGUUUCGAUGGUAAUAGAAAACUGAAAACAGACGCUGUCCCUACAAUAUUCCCAUCAAGCAUGAAACACCCACAAAUAACGAAACGCAACGACCCGCAAAUUAGAACCUAUGGCCCUAAGAAUAGAAUAGAUAGGUUACUAAGCAAAAAAUCACAAUCAGAAUUGAUAUUGGACAUUAAAAACUCAAUAAGCAAAAUGCGAGAGCCACGUAACCUUGAUAAUAUGGUGACUGAAGAUCUGAAAUUUCGAGGUGAAGUGUCAAAUGAAGCUCAAUUAUGGUUAAUUGUAAAAAAACAGGAACAUUUAAGUACUAGAUCUCAACGUCUGAUAGAUCAACAAAGGAAACAAAUAGACUUGCUACAAAAUGCAGUAGAAAAUAAGACAAACAAGAAAGAAAUAGAUGAAACUGAUACAAACAAAUACAUCAUAAAAUGCUUGCAAGAAAAGCUUACAACACUUGAAGAACAAAUCGAAAUCUUAACAGCAGUUGAAGCCAGAUAA